CCGUAGUGUCGUGGCUGGCUUCUCCUCGGGCUUCAUGGUGCUCCUGGACACUCGCACGGGCCUAGUUCUGCGAGGCUGGCCAGCCCAUGAGGGGGACAUUCUGCAGAUCAAGAUCUGUCAGUGAACGUGGGUAGGAUUCCACCGCCUGGUGUGGGAGUGUGAAGUGGGAACUGAGCCUUCUGGUCCCUGAUAUAGGACACAGGAACAUGGUGCUGCUCCAGGGGCUCUUGGUGUUCAGCUUGUCCUGCCUGCAAGGCCCCUGCUUGGUGUUCUCGCCUGUGAAUGCCAUGGAGUCCUUUGACCAGCAGCCAAAUAGCAGUCAGACUCAGGAGAAGCUGCCCCUGCUGUCCCUCCUCAAGUUGGGCAACCAGGAGCCUGAUGGCCAGACUGCCCUGAAAAGGUCCCCGGGAGACUGCAAGGGUGCCCCAACCCCGGAGGAGACCCGCAGGCUGGCCCAGGCCAUGAUGGCUUUCACUGCUGACUUGUUCUCUGUGGUGGCUCAAACGUCCACCAGCCCCAAUCUCAUCCUGUCACCCCUGAGUGUGGCCCUGGCACUGUCUCACCUGGCACUAGGUGCUCAGAACCAAACAUUGCGGAGCUUGCAACAGGUGCUGCAUGCAGACUCCGGGCCCUGUCUCCCCCAUCUGCUGAGCCACCUCUGCCAGAACCUGAGCCCUGGGACAUUCCGACUGGCUGCCAGAAUGUACCUACAGAAAGGAUUUCCCAUCAAAGAGGAUUUCCUGGAACAAUCAGAAGAGCUCUUUGGUGCGAAGCCUGUGAAAUUGAUGGGAAGGCAGGAGGAAGACCUGGCAAACAUCAACCAAUGGGUGAAGGAGGCCACGGAAGGGAAGAUUGAAGAUUUCCUUUCAGAGCUGCCUGAUAACACGGUGUUACUUCUCCUCAAUGCCAUCCACUUUCAGGGUUUCUGGAAGAGCAAGUUUGACCCGAGCCUCACCCAAAGAGACUUCUUCCACCUAGAUGAGCAGUUCACAGUGCCAGUGGACAUGAUGCAAGCACACUCGUACCCUCUGCGCUGGUUCCUGCUGGAGCAGCCUGAGAUACAGGUGGCUCAUUUCCCCUUUAAGAACAACAUGAGCUUUGUGGUCAUGGUGCCCACACACUUUGAAUGGAACGUGUCCCAGGUACUGGCCAACCUGAGCUGGGACACCCUGCACCAGCCCUCGCUGCGGGAGAAGCCCACCAAGGUGCGGCUGCCAAAGCUGCAUCUGAAACACCAGCUGGACCUGGUGGCCACCCUCAGCCAGCUGGGCCUGCAGGAGCUGUUCCAGGGCCCAGACCUGCGUGGAAUCUCUGACGAGAGGCUGGUGGUGUCCAGUGUACAGCACCAGUCUACCCUGGAGCUGAGUGAGGCCGGCGUGGAGGCAGCUGCAGCCACCAGCACAGCCAUGUCCCGCAUGUCGCUCUCCUCCUUCAGUGUGAACCGCCCUUUCCUCUUCUUCAUCCUGGAGGGUACCACAGGCCUGCCCCUCUUUGUGGGCACCGUGAGGAACCCCAACCCUAACGCACAACCUCAGCUCCAGGAGCAGCAAGAUUCUCCUGACAAGGACUUCCUCCAGAAUCUGAAAGCCUUCCUCUAUGGAGACAAGGCCUUUGACCCCGACUUAAAACUCGCUCCGCCCUUGGACGAGGAUUACCCCCAGUUUAGCAGCCCCAAGUGAGGACCCAGGCCACCAGCAUCCUGAGUCCCCGCCUGGACCAGCCUUUCGAUUAAUGUGACUCUUUCCAUCCAGCUUUGUGGGAGUGGGGCGGGACCCAGGGGGGCAGUCUGGAGAAGAA